AUGGCAUCUGCUGAUCUGAGAGACGAGCUGACCUGCUCCAUCUGUCUGAGUAUUUAUACCGAUCCUGUAACCCUGACAUGUGGACACAGCUACUGCCAGGUCUGUAUCGGGGAUGUGCUGGACACACAGGAGGGAUCCGGAGCCUAUAGGUGUCCUGAAUGCAGAGCAGAGUUUCAGGAACGUCCGGCACUGGAGAAGAAUAGGAAGCUGUGUAACAUAGCGGAGAGUUUCCUAUGUAGUAAUCCAGAGCAGGGGGAGGUUGGGAUCCCCUGUACUUACUGUGACUCUCCUGUACCAGCUGUUAAAGCAUGUCUGCUGUGUGAAGCUUCUCUGUGUGAUAAACACUUAAAGAAACACAACAAGUCAGCAGAACAUGUCUUAACUGAACCCACCACUUAUUUUGGCAGCAGAAAAUGUCCGAUCCAUAAGAAAAUACUGGAGUAUUAUUGCUCAGAAGAUGCUGUCUGUAUCUGUGUGUCCUGCUGCCUGAUCGGAGAUCACAAGGGACAUCAGAUGGAGUCAUUACGUGAGGCAUCUGAGAAGAAAAAGAAGAAACUGAAAAAUGUUCUGGACAAACUGACCUCAAAGAGAGAGGAGGCUGAGAAAAGUGUUCUGAGUCUGCAGGAGCACAAGAAAGAAGUGCAAGAGGAAUCAGCUGGGGUAACAAAGCGUGUUACUGCCCUGAUUAGAGACAUCAAGGAACAGCUGGAAACCCUGGAGAAGCUCGUCCACAUUGAGAUCUCAAGGCAGGAAAAGCAGGUCUCACUCCGAGUCUCAGAUCUAAUCCGGCAGCUGGAAAUAAAGAAGGAGGAGCUGUCCAGGAAGAUGGGGGACAUUGAGGAGCUUUAUAACAUGGCGGACCCAAUUACUGUAUUACAAGGGCAGGAAUCAGACUGUACUGACAUUCCUGAUGUUGAGGCAGAAGAUAAGGACACAAAGGAUAUAAAGGUCCAUGCUGUAGGAGAUCUGGAUGUAGAUCUGAUCACAAAGACCUUAUACACAGGUUUAGGUGAUAUUGUAUCUGGAGUAAAGAAACGGCACCAUGCUCUGGAGGCGUCAGACAUAUUACUGGAUGUGAACACCGCUCAUUGUAAAAUUAAUGUAUCAGAUGGCUUGAAAUCUAUCUCUGCUUCAGAAUCAACUCAGAAUUACCCAGGAAACCCAGAGAGAUUUAUGUAUUAUGCUCAGGUGUUAAACACCAGGAGUUUCUCCUCAGGCCAACAUUACUGGGAAGUGGAGUGCAGUGAUUUAGGGCAAUGGUGUGUAGGGGUGGCAUAUCACAGUAUAGAGAGGGAGGGAGAUCAGUCAUGGAUUGGGGGUAAUAAAAAGUCCUGGGGAUUAUGGAAGUAUGAAAAUGGGAGCUAUUAUGUAAGCCAUGACGACAAUAAAGAUUCCUCUUUACCUCGUAUCCCUACCUGUCUGAGAUUUGGAAUAUACCUGGAUUAUGGGACUGGACGGAUCUCCUUCUAUGAGCUGUGUGACCCAAUCAGACACUUACACACCUUCACUGCCACCUUCACUGAGCCGCUUCAUGCUGGGUUUCAUGUAUCAAACAAAGCUUGGGUGAAGAUCAGAAGCCAGGAUUAAUUAUUUC